GUGUUGAACUAAUCGGCGGAUUGAAGUUUAAGCGGUAUCGUAAAAUAUUGCGGUUUUCGAUUCAAUUGGUACAUUUGUAUAUAAAAAAAAAAAAUUUUGUAUAUUAGAUUUCAGUAAUUUAUUUGAAUAUUUUCUUUUCAAAAAAAAAACAUGUUUAAGCUAAAAUAAGUAAUAUUAAAUAAAGGAUUACCAAUAUUUUACAAAUAAUUAUAAAUUUUUUCGAAAAAGAAUUCGAUAACAAUUUCAGUGUUAAAUUAGUGAACUGAAUUUUUGAAAGUGAGAAUUAAAUUAGCAAAAAAAAAAAAGAAAAUAAUAUGGUUCAACAUAAUUUUUAAAUAGAAUGACCGAGGUGGUAUUCUUGUACUAUGAACUAAGAGAAAUUUUUGGAUAUUAUUGUUUCGGCUAUGGCAACAUACAUACCUGAAUAAAUUAAGCAAAUAUACCAGAUGGAUGAAAGCAAAAACAAAGUUUAUUGUGCUAAAUGCCAAAAGAAAUGCACCGGUGAAGUUUUACGUGUUGCCGACAAACAUUUUCAUAAGAGUUGCUUUCAAUGUUGUAAAUGUAAAAAAUCUUUAGCAACUGGUGGUUUUUUCACCAAAGAUUCUUCAUAUUAUUGUAUACCAGAUUACCAAAAACUUUAUGGUACUAAAUGUGCUGCCUGCAAUCAAUAUGUUGAAGGUGAAGUUGUGUCAACGAUGGGAAAUACCUAUCAUCAGAAAUGUUUUACAUGCACAAAAUGUAAACAUCCAUUUCAAUCUGGAAGUAAAGUAACAAAUAUUGGUAAAGAUGUUCUGUGUGAAAAUUGUGUCGCGCAAUCUUCAACUACAGCAUCACCAGCGAAAUCAUUAUUAUCUAAUAAAAUAGAAACUCAACCUGAAAUACAUAAUCAGCAUAAUAAUCAAAUUCAACUAAAACAACAACAGCAAUUACAACAACAACCACCGCAAGAACAAGAAAAAAUUAAACGUGAAGUGUCAUCAAUGAGCCCAACACGUGCUACUGCCCAUCAACAAAAUCAAUCAGGUGUUAUAUCAGAUCGUGCUAGCUUAAGAAAAGAUUAUGAUCCAAAUGAAUGUGCCGGUUGUGGGGAAUUAUUAAAAGAAGGGCAAGCAUUAAUAGCAUUGGAUCGCCAAUGGCAUAUAUGGUGCUUUCGUUGUAAAUCAUGUAGUGCUGUAUUAAAUGGCGAAUAUAUGGGAAAAGAUAGUGUACCAUAUUGUGAGAAAUGUUACCAAAAAUCUUUUGGAGUUAAAUGUGCUUAUUGCAAUCGAUAUAUUAGUGGUAAAGUCCUGCAGGCAGGCGAUAAUCAUCAUUUUCAUCCGACUUGUGCUAGGUGUACCAAAUGUGGUGAUCCAUUUGGUGAUGGUGAAGAAAUGUAUUUACAAGGUAGUGCUAUAUGGCAUCCACGUUGUGGACCUGGUCCAUCAGAAACAGGUGCUUUAUUAAAUGGGGGUCCAAUAUCUGUUGGACAAAAUGGAAACUUUACAGAUGGUGAAUGUGAUCAUGUUAGUUCUAGUGCGAUAAGUGAAAUGUUUUUACGUUCGAGAACACCAAGCAUUAAUGGUUCUAUUUAUUCUAGCCGAAAGUAUCGCACUGUAAGUCCAGGAUUAAUUUUACGUGAAUAUGGUCGACAUGGUUAUGAGGACAUUUCCAGGAUAUACACUUAUAGUUACUUAACCGAUGAACCACAUUACUUACGUCGUCCAAUUGAACCAUAUGACAAAGCCCCAGUUUCACCUCACUUUCAUAGACCAUCUAAUUUUGGUAGUACAACAAGCAGUCGACCUUCAUCUAGACCACAUUCUCGUAGUGCUAUGAAAGUUUUAGUUGAUACAAUACGUUCGGAAACACCGAGACCAAAAAGUCCACAUAUGAAUAACGAAGAACCAAUAGAAUUAUCACAUUAUCCAGGAGCAAAAAAACCGCCACCUGGCGAAAAACCAAAAAUAGAACGUGAUGAUUUUCCUGCCCCUCCUUAUCCAUACACAGAUCCCGAACGAAGACGCAGAUAUUCCGAUACAUAUAGAGGUGUACCAAAUUCUGAUGAAGACGAAGUAGACAAUGAAGAAAAUGAGGAACCAGAAACCGAACGUUUAAAAAAAGAAGCCGAAGAAUUAGAAAAAUUAAAUUCAAAUAUGGGUUCUGUAAUAGCAAGGGAUCUCAAGGAAGCUGUUAGAUAUAGAAAAUGGAAGCAACAAAAUUUGGAUCCGAGAAAUGCGUCACGAACACCAUCUGCAUCAAAAGAGCCUGUUUAUAAAUUACGUUAUGAAUCACCUGUAGGAGCUUCACCAUCUAGAAAUGCAGAUCACCAAAAACCAUUUUAUGAUGACGAAAUAUUUGAUAGAUCAACUAGCUAUAGAGGAUCCGUUGGAAAAUCACUUGGUAAUGCACCCAGUUAUAAUGUGGUGAGUUCGCGACGUCAUGUUCCUAAACCUGGAUACACUUUGGCUCCUCGCUCGCAUACUUUCAGUUCUGCUACAACUACUGGUUCUGUUGCACAACCUACCGCUACCGAUUUCUCAUAUGGCGGACUAGUUGAUAAAACCCACAGUACUGAUUUUAGUUGUGGGAAAUCCGAUGGAGCUUCAGUGGAUUCAAUAACAGAAGGUGAUAGAAGGGCAUUGAUGGGAGGUGAAUUGCCUGCCUCAAGUACCUAUUCGGGCGUAUUAUCUUAUCAUUAUCCACAAACUGGUUUAAUUCGAAGAAGCUUACCAAAUAUGGCACAUUCAAUGCUUGUACAUGAACCAGCUAAAAUAUAUCCUUAUCACUUGCUUAUUAUUACAAACUAUCGAUUACCAUCUGAUGUUGAUCGCUGUAAUUUAGAGCGUCAUCUUUCUGAUGUUGAAUUUGAACAUGUAUUACAAUUUACAAGAUCCGAAUUUUAUCGUUUACCUCAAUGGCGGCGUAAUGAAAUCAAAAGACGAGCAAGAUUAUUUUAAAAUAAUAAUGUAUUAUGUAAUAAUUUAAUAUUAACAGAAUAUGAAAUAUUAUUUAUAAAAAUUAUAUAUGUAUGCAAUAUAUAUAUACAUAUAUAUAUAUGUAUACCCAAAUGCAUAAUAUAAAAAAAAUUCUAUUCACAAAUUUAAAAAUUGAAGUAAAAACAAAAAAUAAUAUGAUAAAAGCAAUCAAAAAAAAAAAUAACUAAAAACAGAAUUUUAAAAAUUCUAUUCUAAUGAAUAGUAAUAGGAAAACAAAUAAAAAUAUUACAGCCUAAAAUUUUGUAAAGCUUAAAAAUUUUAAGAACACGUGAAGUAGAAUAUUUAAAAAUAUUUUUUAUCAUUUCUUUUCCGCUAAGAAUUUCUUCAAAAUCGAUAAUAUUGAGAAUUUAUGUUAUCUACAAAAAUAAGGCUUUCAAAACUGAAAGAAAUUUUAUUUUUAAAUUUAUUUUAAGGAAUUAAUUUUAUUUUCAUUGACGACAUAGGAAAAUCUAGGAUCCUAUAAAAGCAAUUUAUAAAUUUGUGGUUUUAAUGGAACUUUUUUGCAUUCAGCUGCUCUUGUCCUUUUAGUUUCCUAAAAAAUCUUGAAAUAUUUAAUAUUUUUUAAGCUAUUUAAUUGUUUAAGGAAAACAAUUUUCUGGUUUUUUAGAUUAGUUUUUUUUUCUAUUUUCUUGGGUAUACCUUUAUGUGAACUGAAACUUUAGUUUAAAAAUUUUCAAGGAGCUUGCGAUUACUUUUAUUUUGAUAUUUCGUUGCGGAACCACAUAAUUUUAAAUUUUUAUCUAUUUCUAGUUUAAUUUUUAUAACCAAAAAUUUAAUGCCAGAGUAGCACUUUCUAUAAUUUGUAUGUGUAUAUUAUUUGAAGAUAAUAUCGCAUAAUUAAUUAUACUUUUUUAAACUGUUUUUAAUUUUUUUUUAAUUUGUUUGUUUUUUUUAAUGACUAUUUUAAUAAGAAAUGGUGAAAUUCAGAUAUAUAUUUAGAGCUGUAGGUUAAAAUUUAUAUAUUUUUGAUUUAAACAACACAUGAAAACAGAAAGAAUACAUUUUUUUUAUAUUAGAAUAGUUUAAAUCAAAAAAUUAGAAUAUGAAAUUUGAUAGGAAUUUAUGAAUAUAUAUAUAUAAAUAUAAAUACAUAAAUAUAUUAAUUCAUUUUUAGAAUGUUUUAUUCAAAUAUACGUUAGUUAUCACCAUAUAGUUUUCUAUCAAUGCGUACAUAUAGAUUUAAUUGAUGUUUACUGUAAAAAUUUAGCCAUUUAUUUAAUUAUUUAUUGUAUUAGCUUACUUGAAAAUUUUUCAAAAAAAAUUUGAUAAACUUUUUUUUUGCUUUAAAAUUUCAUUAAAUUUUUAUUAUUAUUUUGUAUUUUAAAGAAUUUAUAAUAAAAGUUUUUGGCUUGUGUAGAAUAAGAUAGUAUGAAUUUAUGUUAAAUAUUACAUAAUUCUGAUAAAUUGGGAAACAACAUAAGCAUAAUUAAAUUUAAUACGAUAGUUUAGGAAAAAAAAUUUAUAACACAUUUUAUACUUUGAAUCCUAAGUUAAUUUAGCAUUCUAAAAUUUCAACAAUAAAUUAAAAUAUUCUAAGUAGUAUUUUUAUAAAAUUUUGUUAAUAUUGUAUUAUAAAUUUUUAGUUUCAGUAAGAAGAUGUGUACAUUUUUUAAGUUCAUCAAAGAAAUAAAUAAAAAAGAAAACUUAUUAAUAUAAAAUUAAAAGCUAUUAUAACAAAAACUAUUAUAUAAAUAAAUUAUAAAACAUGAUUUUAGAAUGCUAUAUUACAAUGUAUUACAACAAAAUUGAUGGCAAAUUAUAUUAUAUGGUAAUAUUGACUUGAAUAAACAUAAAUUUAUAACUACAUUAAUAAAAUAUACAUAGUAAUAUAAUGACAUAAUUGAUAUUUAUUGGUAUUUAAAAAAUUUUGCAUUAUUAAAAAUAUAGCAGAAUUCGUAAGGAUUUAAGCUUUAAAAAAAGAUAAAUAAUAGCUCCUAGAAAGUAAAGACGAAAAAGAAAAGAAAAUGAAAUGAAAUGAAUUUUUCAAUAAUUAAAUUUAAAACUACAUUAACUGUAUUUUGCAGUGUUUAAAAAUUAAAGUUUUUACUAUUUAAUUUGCUUUAUACUUUUGCCUCUGCAAUUGUUUUCAAAAAUAUUUUGGUUUUGAAAAGCAAUGCAUUUUAAGUACAGAUAUUUUAAGAUUUGGAGAUACAAGAAAUUAGGAAAUUUUUUCAAUAUAAAUGAAAAAUUAUCCAGACAAAGAAUUUUAUUUGAACUCAUACCUAUUCGUAUACAAAAUUUUUAAUUAGAAAAUCAAUAUUAUAUAGUCAUUGUCCUGUUUAUUUAGAAUUAUUUUUGUUUAAAACUAAUGAUAAUAUAAUUUUUUAUAUAAAACAUUAGUUAUAAUAUAAAAGAUUGUGUUAUCGUAUGUUCCAAACAAAAAUAAUAAUAAUUAGCAUAUUAUUAUUUUUAAGUGUUUCUUUUAUUUUCGCGAUAUUUACACAUAAUUCCUUUGUGGUGCUUAGAUUUUUUAAAUUCUAAAUAUUUGAUUUUAUUUAUUAUAAUGAAUACAAAGAUAAAAAAAAAAUACCAAACCCAUCACAAACAUUGAUUUAAUAUAAAAAUGAAAUAAUUAAUAAUUUUCCUUUUAUAACAUAGAAAUGAUAGAAUUUUUAAUUGGUUAAAUUAUAAUGAAAAAUGUGUGUAAUUUUGAGGCAAAUAAAAUAUAAAUAUAAGUGAAUAUAUAAAAAUUUGUGAAUUUUUAAAACAACAUACAUAACAUAAAUUAAAAUGAAAUUAAUAUAAAACAAAAAGCAUUUAUAAAAAAUUUGUCGUCAGAAAUAAUUUUUGAUUUCCUCUUUUUUUAAAAAUUAAUUUUAAUUAAAAAUAAUUCUAACUAAAUAUGCUUGAUUUGAAUUAUUUUGAAUUUAAAUUUUUUUAUUUAGAUAUUUAAAAAUUAGUUAAUUAAAGUAAAUUUAUGCUGUUAAAUGAAAUUGUUUAAAAAUAUUAUAUCCCAAAUAUAUUUUGUAAUUUUUAUUACUUUAAUAAAGUUAAAAAAGUUAAUAUAUGUAUAUAUAUGAAAAAUAUAUUUGUAUGUAUAUAAUAAAUAAGCAUAUUGAGAGAAAUAUAUAAUAAUAACUUUUAAUUAACUAAUAUGUCAAAAUUUACUACAAACACAAUUUGAACCCUCCUUAUGAAAAUAUCGUAUUCAAUAAGAAUUCUGUAGAUAAGCAUAAUAUUUAUUAUAUUAGUAAAAUUUAUAUUGAAACUUAUUAAAAUAUUACUUCAUAGAGUACAAAAUUAAUUAGAAAAUGAAAUUAACUUAUUCAAUUAUGAUAAAGAUGAAUUAUUAAAUAGAUUACAGAAAUUUAAAUAAAUCAAAAUAAUUUAAAUCAAGCAUUGAAUUUUUUUAUGUUAUUAAAAUUAUUUCAAAAGAAUAGAGAUUAAUUUAUAAUCUAAAUAGUAAUAAAAUGAAUUGAAAUUGAAAUGUUUUAAUUUUACCAUUUUUAUACUUAAAAAAAUUUAAUACGGAAUAAUUUUGAAAAAUUAUUAUUGAAAAUUAAAAAAAAGAAAAUAUCAUAAAUCUUAAGAAUUUGAGCU